UCGAAUAAGCUGGGUUUCAAACUGGGUUGUCCACUUCUUAUUCUCGGUUCCUAACACCUCCUACCCCGACGCCCCGGCUCCGACGUCACAGCCAUUCGCAGGACUCUGCCUUCUUUGUUAUGUGCCGCGACAGCGCAUCCGGUAUCUUCAGUGUCUACCUGUAUCAUUCCAACCAAUCGGACUUUGUUGUAUGAUGGAUUGGGAGAUGGGUGUGAGAGUCGGACGUAGACGAAUCUGCAGUGUGAGUUUGGAAAGGCCCGUCCCCACCUUUCUCUUCGUCCACCAUGUCCUCUACAUACUCCCCGGACACCUUCAAGCCACUCUUGAAGAAGCUCGUACACACGCCAGAGUACUUCAGCCCGGAAGAUCUCCGGCUCGCUCUGGACCAUGUCUUCACACCGAACGCCGUUCUUCCCGAGCAGAUUGGUGCAUUCCUAGCUGCUUUGCACAUCAACAGGGUCGAACGGAGACCUGAGUCCCUCGCUGCUGCUGCAGAUGUCCUCAGAGCACGUUCUCUAAAGGCCGCCGUUCAGGACGCAGACGUGGACUUUGUAGUGGACAUUGUCGGGACAGGCGGAGAUGGACACAACACCUUCAAUGUGAGCACUACCGCGGGUAUCGUUGCAGCCGGCGCAGGGGCUCGCGUUAUCAAGGUGUGUUGCAAGAUUUGCAGCCACUUCAAUGAGCUAUUCAAGCUUGUAUUCAGCACGGAAGCCGAGCGUCAACCUCAUCGUCCGGCUCAGCGGACUUGCUCCAGUCGCUGGGCUGCCUCUUCACCCCACCCACGGCAGACACACCUAUGCCCAUCGCGCGUGUGCCCUUCACUUUCAUCCUCGCGCCCCACUACCAUCCUGCGCUCGCCCUGAUCGCGCCGUACCGCAAAGCGCUGCCCUUCCGGACAAUGUUCAACGUCCUCGGGCCGAUCAUCAACCCCGCCCGCCCGCGCGGCAUGGUCGUCGGCGUCGCCGAGCCCGAGCUCGGCUACACGUACGCGCAGAGUGUGCACGCAGGCGGUGUCGAACGCGCGCUCGUCGUCUGCGGCGCGGAGAGGCUCGACGAGAUCAGCUGUGCGGGCCCGACGCACGUCUGGGAGCUCAGGGACGGCAAAAUCACCGAGCGCACGAUCAGCCCCGAGGACUUUGGUCUCUCGCCGCACUUGUUGUCCGAGGUCGCGGGCGGCACGCCAGAGGGGAAUGCGGAGACGUUCAAGGUCUUGUUGACGUCUGGUGCAGCGAUCCCGGACAGGCUGAAGCCCGUGCUUGACUUUGUGCUCAUCAACGCGAGCGCACUUUUGGUCGUCGCUGGAAUUGCGAAGGACUUUAAGGAGGGCGUUGCUUUGGCGCAGGACGGCAUCGUGUCGGGGAAGGCAUGGAAGGCUCUUGAUAUGUUCAGAGAGGCAGGAAGGCUCGCGGCGGAAAAAACGUCGUCUUGAUCUUAUCGUACAUUAUAUGAAUGUAUUAUCUCGCUUGGAGAGCUAUAGCGUGUCAUAGUACAAAUACAGCCAUGUCAGUCUGAAGCUCGAAACUAGCCUUGCCUCCUUUAUGGGAGUAAGCCCUGGCCCGCAUAUCAACCAUAGAGCAAUUAACCAACACAAGCAUAUUGCUAGCCGGCGUAGUACGCCUGAAAGAAACUCGUAUGCUCAUAGACGAAGGGUGCCCGGUACCUCCUUGAGGUCAGCCCCAGAGCAUCUGAAACGCUGCUCGCUGCGCCUCGCCCUGCCGGCAUCCAGAUGACGCCCUGCUGGACCGGCCAUGCGCGCAACACAUCCCCUCUGGCUCGGCGACGAAGGGUGCGUCUGGUAGCACCCGGCCGCCGCCGUGCUUGCUCGCAGGCUCGUCCGCGUCCGGUAGGGCGCCGAGGGACGACUGCGACGACGCCGGCGUAGGUCCCUCAUGCGACGAGAAGGAGAAGCUCGCGGCGGAGGAGAGGCUGGACGACGGUGAGGGCAUGCUUGGUGACGCUUGUCUGUCUUCAUUCUUGUGAGGCGCCGGAGGAGGAGAUGUGGAGAGGGUCGGCGGGGCGGUGGGGAGGGCAGACAGUGCAUACGGGAGUACAAGUGGCUUGGGCUGGGGUGAGGAAAGAGCAUGUAUGGAGCAGUGUAUAGAGCAGUAGGGCUCCGAUGGGGGCGGCGUCGGUGCGCUCGGAGCGGCGGUGAUGGAAGUCCCAUCGCGCAUGUUUUUGAUGUCUUGCUUAAUGUCCGCGACUAUGGUGGCCAU